GCGCUCCCGGCGGCGCGGGGCGCGGGGCGCGGGGCGCGGCCGGGGCGGAGCCGCCCCCUGACGCCGGGCCGCCCCUCCCGGCUCCGGCCGGCGGCGCUGGCUCGGCUCAAAGUUUGCGGCCGCCUCUGCGCCCGCCGAUGUAUGGGUGAUCGACUGCGGCGGUGUCAGGGUGAGGGACGGCCAUAUUUGCCGGUGCGGCCCCAGCCGUCAACAACAAAAAGUGCGCGGGCGCUCGGCGGGCGCUCGGACGGGCGCGGGGACGCCGGGGACGCCGGGGCCGCCGUGUCGCCGCCCGGUCUCGCCGCCGCCGCCGCCCUCGCGGCCUGGCCCGGCUGCGCCCGGCGCGCCCGCCGCCCGGGGGGAUGUCUUACAAACCGAACUUGGCCGCGCACAUGCCCGCCGCCGCCCUCAACGCCGCUGGGAGUGUCCACUCAUCUUCCACCAGCAUGGCCACGUCCUCCCAGUACCGCCAGCUGCUGAAUGACUAUGGGCCCCCAUCUCUGGGCUACACCCAGGGAACUGGGAACAGCCAGGUGCCCCAGAGCAAGUACGCAGAACUGCUGGCCAUCAUCGAGGAGCUGGGCAAAGAGAUCAGACCCACCUACGCCGGCAGCAAGAGCGCCAUGGAGAGACUGAAGCGAGGCAUCAUUCAUGCGCGAGGACUGGUCCGGGAGUGCUUGGCUGAGACGGAACGCAACGCCCGCUCCUAGCUGCCUGGUCAGCUGCAAGAUGAGCGGGCACAGUUAACCCCUGUGUGGACAACAUGCGUGGUCUCAAUGGUAACCUUUGGUCUUCCUCCACGGUUCACCAGGCUCUGAACUUGCCGUCUCCAGGACCGAGAAAUUUCUGCAGUUAGAAGCAUCCAGGUCCCCGGCCCGCCCUCCCCACGCCUGCACCGGUUAGCAGG